AUGGGCGGUGUGAAGCGACGGCUGGCGGCGGAAACAGUCGCAGCGGUGCGCGACGAUGGCGACGCGGCGACGACGAUGGCGACAAAAGCGAAGAGGAGUGGGCGACGGCAGACGAGGGAGAUAGAUCGGAUUGCGCAGGCCGCGGUGACGCGGCGCGACGAGGGAAGAGAAGAGAAAUCUGACGAACACGAAGGGAGCGAGGAGAGCGGGGACGAGGGGACAGAGAUGCGCGCAGCGGAAGCAGGGGAGGAAGGGAAGGAUGGGGGCGGGGAGGAGGAGAAGGAAGGGGAAGAGGAGAAUGAGGAGGAGGAAGAGGAGGAAAAGGUGGAUUAUGGAGAAGAUGAGGUUGAUAGGGAGGAAUACGAAGGGGAGGGGAAGGAGGAGCGGGAGGAGGGGAGGGAGGAACGAGACGCAGAAAAGACAAGGGAGGAGGGAGCGGAUAGAGAGAAGGAGGAGGAGGAAGGGGGGGAGACGGACGAGGAGGAAGAAGAGGCGGAGGAUGAGGAGAGUGAGGAGGGAGAAGAGGUGUGGGAGGGAAGGGAGCGGUCAAAGGCAGUGGAGGAGGGGGGUGAUGGAUGGAUGGAUGACGAAGGCGAGAAGGAAGAGGAGGAGGAGGAAGAGGAGGAGGAGGAAGAGGAGGAGGAAGAGGAGGAGGAGGAAGAGGAGGAGGAGGAAGAGGAGGAGGAGGAGGAGGAGGAAGAAGAAGAGGAGGAAGAGGAAGAAGAAUUGGAGGGGGAGGAGUUGAUGGAGGCCGAGAGAGCGGUGAGGGAGAGGGAGGUGAGAGGUGUGCGAGUGGAAGGGUUUAGGGUGGUGCGCCGCUCAGGCACCCGCCUGCACUUCUGCGCCAAGUGCCGCCUCCCCAUCGCCUCAUAUGGGCGUCUGGAGCCCUGCACGCACGCAUUCUGCCUCAAGUGUGCCUCUGCGCUCAAAGUCUGUUACAGGUCAGCCCGUCACCCCUUUAGACCCCUUCGUGUCAGCCCCGUUACCUCUCUGAACCCCUUCAUGUCAGCCCCAUAA